CAAUCGCGCGGGCAUGUCUGGGCGGAGGCCGGCCGUCAUUGCCACGCAAACCCCAGUGCCUGCACCCCACCCGAUCGCCGCCAUGUCGAUGCCGAUGCCAUCGCCCAAAGAGAUCUCGCCAAGUUCGCUGCAGCAGCUUGUCGAGGCCCUGCAGCGCCCAGACCAGGCCUCGGCCGUGUCCCCGGCCGAGCUCGCUCGGUUUGUGUCGGCCGCUUGCAAGCAGCCACUUUCACCGCCAGCUCAUGCCGAGCUCUGUCGCUUGAUCAUGGCCGUCUUCAGCACCAAAGCGAUACCACUGAACGAAUCAUACGGCCAGCAUGCGCUCUUGAAUUCGAUCGACUUUUUACUCGGCCAGCUCGGCAGCAGCCGCAUCGAUUCCGCAGCGCUGCUCAAGACCCUGGGUGUGUUGCUGUUCGAGAACUCGGUUCUGUACCAGCAGCAACAUACGAAGCUCGUUGGGACCCUCGUGCCUCUGGUGUCGGAUUCCUCGGUCGAGGUCCAGCGGAUGGCGAUUGUCUGUCUUGGGAAUAUCUGCGCCAAACUCGGCACCAAGAGCCACGCGGUCGGAAUCGAGAUCAACAGGGUCCUGAUGGCGAAGCUGGCAGCAUUCGAUGGCACCGAGAAGAUCAUGCAGAGCAUCAAACUGCUGGUCAGCUUGCUCAAGGCCAUCAACUUUACCCUGGCCGACAACAAGGCACUGGUGGCCGAGUCGCUGCCUCAGCUUCUGCCGGUUGUGCAUUUGUGCUGCUUUCCACAAGUCAACCUCACGAUCUUGACUGGCAUGAUAGGAUGGGGCAAGACCGGCAUCAUCAGCUCAGACUCGGAACUGUCGGACUCGGAGGCUGGAUCAUCAAAGCAGGCAUUGUUGACAAGACUGCAACAGACAGCGAUGAUGACCCUGUUUUCACUUGCCAAGACCACUCCCAAGCUCUUGUAUCCGCACUGGUCAAAGUUCCUCCCAGAGCAUCUCCCAACAACUCCCAAUCUGGUCUCGCACAUGAUUCUGAACGCUGACGAGCCCAUCAAGCUGCGGAUCCUGGCCUGUGAUGUUAUCAUGGCGAUGCUCGAUGGCUCCAAGCAGUACCUGAGCGUCGCGAGCGAAAGCACCGGGAAGACGCCAUACACCUCCCUUUCACAGAAGCUGGCGGACCAGAUCCGAGAUCUACACUUGAGCCUGAUUCGUGCGCUCCAGACAGUGCCACGUCCUGUGUAUCCCCAUGUCAUCAAGACUCUCAACGCUUUGGUGCAAAACUGUGCCUAUGAUCGAUUGGCGACCGAUUAUCGCAACGAACUCUACCAGGCCGUAUGUGUCGACCUGCAAGGCUCAGAUGUCCAUGCAAAGACGGCGGUUCUGGAGCUGCUCGGCAGCCUGGUGGAUGCCGAAAUGGUGCUCAACGAGGCCUCAAGGUCGCUUGUGUCCAUGGACGAGCUUGUUGGACAAGUUACGGUCUUGACACAGCCGCAGAUUCAUCUGGCUGUCCGGGCCGCGGCCUUUGAGUUCCUCUGCGCCGUUGCUCGCAGCACACACGAUGAUCUAAAAAUGCGGUGGAUCAGCCUCGACGAUACCAUCUUCAACUCAGCAAAAGAUUCUCUGGAGGCGAUCCGCGUGGCUGCGCUCAAGCUUCUCGAGCAAUAUCUGCACUCGACACGCGCCGGGGAAGAAUGGAGCUCGUCUCCAGAGUGGUGGGUCAAUAUGCUGACACGAUAUAUCCAGCCGGCGCUCAAUGAUCCAUUCUAUGCGGUGCGCGCUCUGGGAUGUGACAUCCUCUCCAACGUUCCUGAAAAGGCAUUUGAAGGAUUCGAGCCCAAACAGCAGUAUGCCUUCCUGACGCUGGCCCUGGGUAUGGCUCAAGAUGACGACUCUCCGGUCGUCGCAGCAGCCUGCCGCACCCUUGGCGUGUAUGUACUCUACGAGCCGCUGGCACAGGAUAUGGAAUUUGUUCUCGAUGUCGCCUCCACAGUCACCCCACAUGUCUCUAGCUCGAGUCUCCCGGUUCGCAUUCGUGCGAGCUGGGCACUGGCCAACGUUGCUGAAGUUCUGGCCACUAGAUUCCCAGAAGCACAAGACGUCGAGUCCAGUGCGUUGACCGAAGAGCUGGUUGCGGACAUGAUCAAGACGAGCAUCGUGGCAGCCAAGGAUAACGACAAAUGUCGUUCGAGCGGCGUGCGAGCGAUUGGGAAUCUUGUCCUGGCAUCAUCACGACUGUUCCUCUCCCGUGAACGUGAAAGCCUUGUCAAGGCAUCGGUGCAGGUCGUUAUCAAAAACAUUGAAAGCGGGACAGUCAAAACCCGUUGGAACGCAUGCUACGCCGUCUCCAACAUGCUGGCGCACAGCGACUUUCCGAUCGGAACGACGACCUGGACACCCAUGCUGUACCAGGCGCUCUUUACCGCGAUCCAGAAGAGCAAGAAUUUCAAGGUCCGGAUCAAUGCGACGCUGGCGCUGAUGAAGCCGCGGCAGCGAGGGUGGUUUGGGACCCGCCGGUCGGGACUCUUGCGGACGGCGCUCGUAACGCUGACCGAGGCAAUGGAAGGCAUCAAUGACUUUGGCGAAGUCGACUUUGGCGAGUUCAAGUACCAAGAGCACCUCGGAAAUCAGCUGCGAGCCACCUUUGACCAUCUGUGGGCGAUCUACGCAGACGAGACCGAGAGCUGGGUGGCAGGCGAUGACGAGCAACUCCUGGCGCGGAUGAAACUGAAUCCCAACUACAAACGAUCGAUCGAGCCCACCGGCGGCGACGGAGACAAGCCGUUGUCGCCCGAUACAGUGGUCGGUGUCGUAAGCAAAGACAGCGCACGCGGCCUUGGAAGAAUCUCUGAUGACACGGCAUCAACGAUGACGGGCGAGAUGCCGGGGACCGUGGGGUCUUGAUGGCUGGCGUUGGCCCUGAAUAUACGCCUCUGUCUUCCUCUACAUUGGCCGGGCGUGAAAUCGAGAGGCAUCGGACCUGUUCAACGAAGAACAGGAAGUGCAAUCCCAUUGUCCCGGGCCCGCUGGGAACGAACUACAAGGUCACCCAGGGAGACAAAUCCAGGGACACAAUCUAGGGACACAUUGAACCAUAUUAUCGUUCCGAACAAACUAUCGCUACCAAUUUUUCCGGCUCCCUCGCGGCUGCUCAUCUCGAAUGUGAAUACACGCUGUAGACCAAGAUGCAGCAAAAGUUGGAAUCCGGCCAUGGUCGGUUGACGGCAUUUUGUAUCACCUUGAGCCGAUUGACGGUGGUGGUGGGCGAUUGGUGUGGAGGAAUGACCAAUUGUAUCAU